AAACACAUAAAUACCCCAGGCAGCUUCUUGCUCAACGUCUUUGAUUCAUUCAAAGAACUUGGGUGAAACAGCCACAAAAUGCCAGCUCUCAGUCUGGUCACUCUGGUCAGCUUGGUAUCCACAGUUUUUGCCAAGCAGUUGGAUGCACACCCACCCCAACAACAUAACAGGCACUGGGCACAGAUCUGCAGUGGGAAUCCCACCAACAAAAUCCGGGGCUGUGACAAAUACGGCUGUGGCCAAUUUGGUGCUGACAGGCACAGUGGCAAAAGAAAGCACGUGGGUGUGGAUGUCAUCUGUGCUGAUGGAGCCACAGUGUAUGCUCCUUUCAGUGGCCAGCUCUCAGGACCCAUUCGAUUCUUUCAUAAUGGAAAUGCCAUUGAUGAUGGAGUCCAAAUCAGGGGAUCAGGUUUCUGUGUGAAGCUUGUCUGUAUCCAUCCCAUCAAGUACCACGGCCAAAUCCACCGAGGACAACUACUUGGGAGGAUGCUGCCCAUGCAAAAAGUAUUUCCUGGCAUUACCUCUCACAUCCAUGUUGAGAACUGUGACCACUCCGAUCCUACUCAUCUACUCACACCUGAUGUCCCACCACUCCCACAACAUGGCAGACACUGGGCAACUCUGUGCUCUGGGAAUCCUACAAAUGAGAUAAGAGGCUGUGACAGUUAUGGCUGUGGAUACUACGGAGCUCCAAGACAAAAUGGUAAAGGAAAGCACACGGCUGUGGAUGUCAUCUGUGCAGAUGGAGCAACCGUGUAUGCUCCCUUUUCAGGCGAGCUGUCUGGACCCAUUAAAUUCUUCCAUAAUGGAAAUGCCAUUGAUGAUGGAGUCCAAAUCAGGGGAUCAGGUUUUUGUGUAAAACUGGUCUGCAUCCAUCCUAUCAGAUACAACGGUAGAAUUUCUAAAGGCCAAGUCCUUGGGAGAAUGUUGCCAAUGCAAAGAGUAUUUCCUGGGAUUGUGUCUCAUAUUCAUGUUGAGAACUGUGAUCGCUCGGAUCCUACCAGCAACCUGGAAAGGGGGCAAGGGCGAAGAGAGUGAUGCAGAAACGUAGUAAAGUCCAAAUAAAUUCAUCUCAGCAUCCAAAA